AUGUCAGGCUCAGUCAACAGAUCCAACAGCUUCCAAAAAGCAGAUAGCAUGGAUGCCAAGGAAACUUCCACAGUCGACCGAAAGUGGGUUGCCCUAACGGCGUACCAACCCGUGGACGUCGUCACCAAAACGGUUGAAGUUCCCGUUAUCAAAACGGUAGAAAAAUUUGUCCCAAAAACAAUCAUUCAAGAGAAAAUCAUCCACGUGCCUAAGAAUGUCACCCACAUUGUAGAAAAAAUCGUAGAGGUACCAGAAGUUAAGUAUAUAGAAAAAAUUGUUGAAGUGCCACACAUUCACUACAAGAAUAAGUACGUGCCCAAAAUUGAAGUUGUAGAGAAGGUUGUGGAGAGACAGAAAAUUAUCGAAAAAUGGCAUGACAAAAUUGUGGAAGUACCUCAAAUUAAGGAAGUCGUCAGAUUUAAAGAAAUUGAAGAUGCUGAGGAAGUUAUAAAAUACAUUCCAAGAAACUCAAAAAAUAUUAACUGGGAAGAGGAGUACCAGAAGUACACGCAACGAAAGGGACAAGAGAGAUACAGCUUGGAUAACAACGCCUAUCAGCAGAAGAUGAGCUCCUACAAUGACUAUAAUGAGAAGGCGUACUCGCAAAAUGCCUACAGCAGAAGUCUAGAUUUUAUGAACAAGCAUCUUCCAGCCUAAAUAAUCAGAAGCAUAUCAGGAGCGAAGAUUUUUCCCCAAUUAAUU